UGCAGCUUCUUCUCCAUCACAACUCACUUCUUACAUUCUUUGCACCUUUUGGCAGUUCAGCACAACCUAUUCUUCACCAUCUAAUCAAUCAAUCAACCAAUCAAUCAAUCAUCACUGCAGCAGUGCUACCCACCCCCGCAAUCCACCACAACCCCUCCAAACCGACUCCCUUGUCAACCAAUUUCAACCUCAACAUCACAUCUUCUGAAGAACCAACCACCACAAACAUCCCAACCAAAAUGCCCUCCUCAAUCCAGGCGACCACAAAACCACUCGACACCUCCAAACGCCGCCGCUUCCAACCUCCAAUCACCAACUACUUCACCUCCUCCCCUUCCUCCUUCUCCUCCUUUUCGUCCCACAACAACAACGACGACCACCCCCACAACCAAACCCCACACCAGACCUACAACCACUACUCCACCUCCACCUCCUCCCCGACACCCACCCUCGCUCCCAAAUACCAAUCCUCGUUACUAUCCGUCGGCAUGCGCAUCCGCAAAGCCAUCGCCGAGGGCUACAAAACCCACGCUACCUCAUUGCCCUCACUGGAGAAACCUGGGGUGUAUCGACCAUCCCCUACGAGAGACAUCACAAAUGAUGAGGGCGACGCUUUCUCGUUGCCUGCCAGUUCGCAGGAUUCUAGUACCUCGAGUGAUUCGGCUAUGGAUGUGAAUGUGCAUAUGUGGUCGGGGAAGAAGCGCGGGUUCGCGGACGUCGAGGUUGAUGUCGAGCUUGGUUGCGGGGAGACGGGAUAUUAUGCACACCACUCCGGCACCACCCCCUCCUCCGACAGUGAGAUGGAGGAUCUUAUCCCGUCUUCCGGCCACAUGCUGGCUACGACGACCACCCUAGCAGGGAGGACGAUCCUCGCACCCCGGGCCAGGAAUCUAGCCGGCAGCAGCACAAACAUCCGACGGAGGUUCGGGCGUGGUACUGUUCCUUCACCUCCUCUUCCUCCUCCUCAUUCUACUUCUUCCCUUGCUUCAGCAGCGGGCUUCGAUGUCGAUUUCGAGGAGCCGGCGUUUCUGAGGAGUCGAGAGGAGGCUGAAGGGGAGGGGUGGUUUUAUGGUCGGGAGGUGGAGAUGGGUAUGUGAUUGAGUUAGCUGGGUGGGAACGACAAGUAGCAGCAGCCACACUGAGGAGGAUGAUUGGUCAUGGGUUAUGGUAUGGUGUUUCUUUAUCUGUGAGGGGUUGUGUUUUUGCAUGGGUUAUUUUGUAAGUCGUUGGUUUAGCGAGCGGGUUUUGAUUGGGUUUUCGUUACUGGGGUUGGGGUUUGUGUUGGGCUGUACUGUACUGUAUGCAACACGCCGGAUUGCACGGUUUGCACUGGCUGGUUCUGGUGGUUUUUCCUGUUAUCAGAUGUCUGGUGGUUUGCUGGACAGGCAGGCUGGUUUAGCAUGGGUUUUUUUGUACGGUUGGAUUAUGGCUUAUGUUUGGGAUGGGCUGUACAUAAAAUUAUCUUUACUGUUUCUCCGACAGGUUAUCGACAUAACUCAAGGAGAUCAAAAUUCUCA